UGGUGGACAACAUUUUUUGCUUUUCAGUUGUCUUAUGGGCCCCUUCUGCAAGCUCCUUCUUGUAUCCAAUGCCUAUAUAUGGGGAGGCCUCAAACCACUGUGCUGUGGCAUUAGAAAGACCUGAUCUUUCAGUUCAUCCAAGAGCAGACCGGGUGAUGGAGUAUUCCCAGAAAGUUAUUCUUCAUGCAGGCGAUGCACUUUUCAUUCCUGAAGGCUGGUUCCACCAAGUGGACAGUGACAAUUUAACCAUUGCUGUUAACUUUUGGUGGCGGUCCGAAAUGAUGUCUACCAUGCCCGAGCACAUGGAUGCAUAUUAUCUUCGCAGGAUAUUAAAAAGACUGACGGACAAAGAAAUGCCUUUUCAGUUCUAUUUGAAUUUGUUAACUGUCCUCUUACUGUGGCAGAACGAAAUGCUGCAUAUGGUUUCAACGGUUAAAAUGGCAAACACAAUUGGCCAGCCCAAUAAUGGAAAUGCAGAUCUUGUUGAGCAUUUGGAUCAGAACUAUGACAGCAAAAUUUCAAAAGCAACUAUGCUAAAGGAAAAGAUUAUGUUGCACGAACUGGAACCACUUGCGCUUCAAUCUCUUCAUGAACUUAUUUCUAUAGUCCAUGAGCGUGUUAAUGUUGGCAAUCAAAGCCAGCCAAAUGAUUCCACCUCAGCAAAUUAUCCAGAAAUGGGAGAGAAAGAUGAAGCUAAGAAAACUUUUCAAGCGAAUAUAUUUAACUUGGAAGAGAAUCCAGUUGCUAGUAUACUUUGGAACCUCCAACCGCUUACUCUUCAAAGUGUUUUUCUUGCCAUGGCUCACAACUUCCCGAGAACUUUGGAGGCUUUGAUAUUGCACUUGCUUUCACCAGUGGGGGCAGAAAUUCUUACUCGGAAAUUCGAUGAGAUGGAUCAACUGACUGCUGAAGAAGAUCGGAACCAAUUCUACCAGAUUUUUUAUGGUGUAUUUGAUGACCAGUUUGCUGCAAUGGAUGCACUUCUGAAUGGGAAAGAGUCCUUUGCGCUUCAGGCCUACCAGAAUGUGUUGGAUAAAUACUUGGUAAUUAAUUUUGAUGGGGCUAAGUCAUUGGUUUGAUGAGACAUCUAUGGACAUGGACUUCGAAGAAAUUGGUUCCAUAGUUGUCUUGCGAGUCCAAAUUUAUUCACUGUCGCAACAGAGAGGCUCUUCCCCCCCCCCCCCCUUCUUUUUCAAUUCUUACUUGAAAAUGUGAGUCUUCUGCUGUAUUCUAGAAUGAGUUCCAUAUUAACUUUGGCUGUCGCAUUUGUGUACAUUUUUUGUGAUCUGCUACUAGUAAUGCUGUUCUUUUGAAAUGUCGCAAGUACAGUGUAGUGUAAGAUACAAAAUCUGCUUUGUGCUUAAUUGCAAGUGUUUUGAAUGAACAGUCAGAGAUGACGACAUUGUUUGACAAAUAGAACUGACAAACUGGAAAGCUUAAUUCUGCUGUGGAUGUAAAGAUAAAGAUGG